AUGACAGCCACUACUCGUGGCUCUCCGGUAGGAGGGAAUGACAGCCAGGGCCAGGCUCCUGAUGGACAGUCUCAGCCCCCCUUCCAUAAUCAGACCUCAUCACCUGAUUCUUCCAAUGAGAAUUCCCCAGCAACUCCUCCAGAUGAACAAGGUCAAGGUGAUGCUCCACCUCAACAUGAAGAUGAGGAACCUGCAUUUCCUCAUGCUGACCUGGCAAAGUUGGAUGACAUGAUCAACCGACCUCGUUGGGUGGUUCCAGUUUUGCCGAAAGGGGAAUUAGAAGUGCUUUUAGAAGCUGCUAUUGAUCUUAGUAAAAAAGGUCUCGAUGUUAAAAGUGAGGCAUGUCAACGUUUUUUCCGAGAUGGGCUAACAAUAUCUUUCACUAAAAUUCUUAUGGAUGAAGCAGUGAGUGGCUGGAAGUUUGAAAUUCAUAGAUGCAUUAUUAACAAUACUCAUCGCCUAGUGGAACUUUGUGUGGCCAAGUUGUCCCAAGACUGGUUUCCACUUCUAGAACUUCUCGCCAUGGCCUUAAAUCCUCAUUGCAAAUUUCAUAUCUACAACGGUACACGUCCUUGUGAAUCAGUUUCCACAAGUGCUCAGUCACCUGAAGAUGAAUUAUUUGCUCAUUGCUCAGAUCCUCGAUCACCAAAAGGUUGGCUUGUGGAUCUCAUCAAUAAAUUUGGCAUGUUAAAUGGGUUCCAGAUUUUGCAUGAUCGUUUUAUUAAUGGAUCAGCAUUAAAUGUUCAGAUAAUUGCAGCUCUUAUUAAACCAUUUGGACAAUGCUAUGAGUUUCUCAAUCAACAUACAGUGAAAAAGUACUUUAUUCCAAUUAUAGAAAUAGUUCCACAAUUUUUAGAAAAUUUAACUGAUGAAGAGCUGAAGAAAGAAGCAAAGAAUGAAACUAAAAAUGAUGCCCUUUCAAUGAUUAUUAAGUCUCUGAAGAAUUUAGCUUCAAGGAUUCCAGACCAAGAAGAAACUGUGAAAAAUUUAGAAAUUUUUAGGUUGAAAAUGAUACUCAGAUUGUUGCAAAUUUCUUCUUUUAAUGGGAAGAUGAAUGCCUUGAAUGAAAUUAACAAGGUGAUUUCUAGUGUAUCAUAUUAUACUCAUCGGCAUGGUAAUCCUGAAGAGGAAGAAUGGCUGACAGCUGAAAGAAUGGCAGAAUGGAUACAGCAGAACAAUAUCUUAUCCAUAGUCUUGCGAGAUAGUCUUCAUCAACCUCAGUAUGUAGAAAAGCUAGAGAAGAUUCUUCGUUUUGUGAUUAAAGAAAAAGCUCUUACGUUACAAGAUCUUGAUAAUAUCUGGGCAGCACAGGCAGGGAAACAUGAAGCCAUUGUAAAGAAUGUACAUGACCUUCUGGCAAAGUUGGCUUGGGAUUUUUCUCCUGAACAACUUGAUCAUCUUUUUGAUUGCUUUAAGGCAAGUUGGACAAAUGCAAGUAAAAAGCAACGUGAAAAGCUGCUAGAGUUGAUACGACGUCUUGCAGAAGAUGAUAAAGAUGGUGUGAUGGCACACAAAGUGUUGAACCUUCUUUGGAAUCUGGCUCAUAGUGACGAUGUGCCUGUAGACAUCAUGGACCUAGCUCUCAGUGCCCACAUAAAGAUACUAGAUUAUAGUUGUUCCCAGGAUCGAGACACACAGAAGAUCCAGUGGAUAGAUCGCUUUAUUGAAGAACUUCGCACAAAUGACAAAUGGGUAAUUCCUGCGCUUAAACAAAUAAGAGAAAUUUGUAGUUUGUUUGGGGAAGCACCUCAGAAUUUAAGUCAAUCUCAGCGAAGUCCCCAUGUAUUUUAUCGUCAUGAUUUAAUCAGUCAGCUUCAGCACAAUCAUGCCUUAGUUACUUUGGUAGCAGAAAACCUUGCAACUUACAUGGAUAGCACACGACUGUAUGCUAGAGACCAUGAAGACUAUGACCCACAAACUGUGAGGCUUGGAAGUAGAUACAGUCAUGUUCAAGAAGUUCAAGAACGGCUUAACUUCCUUAGGUUUUUAUUAAAGGAUGGCCAGCUGUGGCUUUGUGCGCCUCAGGCAAAACAAAUAUGGAAAUGCUUAGCAGAGAAUGCAGUUUAUGUUUGUGAUCGUGAAGCCUGUUUUAAGUGGUAUUCCAAGUUAAUGGGCGAUGAACCAGACUUAGAUCCUGAUAUUAAUAAGGAAUUCUUUGAAAGUAAUGUACUUCAACUUGAUCCUUUCCUGUUAACUGAAAAUGGAAUGAAAUGUUUCGAACGAUUCUUCAAAGCUGUUAAUUGUCGAGAAGGGAAACUAGUAACAAAAAGAAGAGCCUAUAUGAUGGAUGAUUUGGAACUAAUAGGAUUAGACUACCUUUGGAGAGUCGUAAUUCAGAGUAAUGAUGAUAUUGCCAGCAGAGCUAUAGAUCUCCUUAAAGAAAUAUAUACAAAUCUUGGCCCCAGAUUACAGGUCAAUCAGGUGGUUAUCCAUGAAGACUUCAUUCAGUCUUGCCUUGAUCGUUUGAAAGCUUCAUAUGAUACAUUGUAUGUUUUGGAUGGUGACAAAGACAGCAUUAACUGUGCAAGACAGGAAGCUGUUAGAAUGGUUCGAGUAUUGACUGUUUUAAGGGAAUACAUAAAUGAAUGUGAUAGUGAUUAUCAUGAGGAAAGAACAGUUCUACCUAUGUCAAGAGCAUUCCGUGGUAAACAUCUCUCUCUCAUAGUUCGGUUUCCAAACCAUGGCAGACAGGUUGAUGAUUUGGAUAUAUGGUCUCAUACAAAUGAUACUGUUGGUUCAGUACGACGAUGUAUUCUCAAUCGUAUUAAGGCAAAUGUAGCCCAUACAAAAAUUGAACUCUUUGUGGGUGGUGAAUUAAUAGAUUCUGAAGAUGACAGAAAGCUAAUUGGACAGCUAAACAUAAAAGACAAAUCAAUAAUUACGGCCAAACUUACACACGUAAGUUGCAAUAUGCCUUCCAGCCCUGACAGUUCCUCUGAUUCCUCAACUGGAUCUCCUGGGAACCAUAGUAAUCGUUACAGUGAUGGCCCUAAACAAGAAGUGGAAGGUUGUUUGCCUGGGGUGAUAAUGUCACAACAUCCCAGGUACAUCUCUUUCCUUUGGCAAGUUGCUGACUUAGGUAGCAAUCUGAAUAUACCACCUCUUAGAGAUGGAGCCAGAAUACUUAUGAAACUUAUGCCAAUGGAUAGCACAACAGUAGAAAAACUAAGAGCUGUUUGUUUGGACCAGGGAAAAUUUGGAGAAAAUAACCUUGGACCAUCUCUUGAUUCACUUUUCUUUGGUCCUUCUGCUUCCCGAGUCCUGUAUCUAACAGAGGUCAUUUAUGCCCUGUUAAUGCCUGCUGAUACACCUCUGGCAGAUGAUUCUUGUGACUUUCAGGUUCACUUCUUGAAAAGUGGUGGCUUAUCCCUUGUGCUGAGUAUGCUAACAAAAAAUAACUUCCUGCCAAAUACAGAUAUGGAAACACGAAGGGGCGCAUACUUCAGUGGUCUUAAAAUAGCCAAACUCUUGUUAACUGCAGUAGGCUAUGGCCAUGUUAGAGCUGUAGCAGAAGCUUGUCAGCCAAUUGUAGAUGGUGCAGAUCCCGUAACACCGAUUAACCAGGUUACUCAUGAUCAAGCAGUGGUGCUACAAAAUGCUCUUCAGAGCAUUCCUAACCCAUCCUCUGAGUGUAUUCUUAGAAAUGUAUCAAUACGUCUUGCUCAACAAAUAUCUGAAGAGGCUUCAAGAUACAUGCCUGAUAUUUGUGUUAUUAGAGCUAUACAGAAAAUCACCUGGGCAUCAGGAUGUGGGACAUUAGAGCUAGUAUUUAGCCCAAAUGAAGAAAUUAGUAAAAUUUACGAGAUGACCAGCAGUCCAAGCCAUAAGCCAGAUGUGGAAGAUGAACAGGUUUGCUGUGAAGCAUUGGAAGUGAUGACUUUAUGUUUUGCUCUAGUUCCAACAGCCCUGGAUGCACUUAAUAAAGAAAAAGCUUGGCAGACAUUUAUCAUUGACUUAUUAUUGCAUUGUCCCAGCAAAAUUGUUCGUCAGUUGGCACAGGAACAGUUUUUUUUAAUGUGCACCAGGUGUUGCAUGGGACACAGACCUCUGCUUUUCCUCAUUACUUUGCUCUUUACCAUUUUGGGGAGCACAGCAAGAGAGAGAGGUAAACAUUCAGGUGACUAUUUCACUCUUCUUCGGCACCUUCUAAAUUAUGCUUUCAACAAUAAUAUUAAUGUGCCCAAUGCUGAAGUUCUUCUCAACAAUGAAAUUGACUGGCUCAAAAGAAUUAGGGAUAAUGUUAAAAGUAGAGGUGAAACAGGUGUUGAAGAGUCUAUCUUGGAAGGCCACCUUGGGGUGACAAAAGAGUUAUUGGCCUUUCAAACACCUGAGAAAAAGUAUCAUAUUGGUUGUGAAAAAGGAGGUGCUAAUCUUGUUAAAGAAUUAAUAGAUGAUUUCAUCUUUCCUGCUUCCAAAGUUUACCUGCAGUGUAUGAGAAAUGGAGAACUACCAGCUGAACAGGCUAUCCCGGUCUGUAGUUCACCAGCUACCAUCAAUGCUGGGUUUGAACUACUUGUAGCAUUAGCUGUUGGCUGUGUAAAGAAUCUCAAACAGAUAGUAGACUGUUUGACUGAAAUGUAUUACAUAGGAACAGCAAUAACUACUUGUGAAGCACUUACUGAGUGGGAAUAUCUACCACCUGUUGGACCCCGCCCACCAAAAGGAUUUGUGGGACUCAAAAAUGCUGGUGCUACUUGUUAUAUGAAUUCUGUGAUCCAGCAGUUAUACAUGAUUCCUUCCAUCAGGAAUAGUAUUCUUGCAAUUGAAGGCACAGGUAGUGAUAUAGAUGAUGAUAUGUUUGGUGAUGAGAAGCAGGACAGUGAAAGUAAUGUUGAUCCCCGAGAUGAUGUAUUUGGAUACCCUCAUCAAUUUGAAGACAAACCAGCAUUAAAUAAAACAGAAGAUAGGAAAGAGUACAAUAUUGGUGUUCUGAGACACCUUCAGGUUAUCUUUGGUCAUUUAGCUGCUUCCCGGCUACAAUACUAUGUCCCCAGAGGAUUUUGGAAACAGUUCAGACUUUGGGGUGAGCCUGUCAAUCUUCGUGAACAACAUGAUGCCUUAGAGUUUUUUAAUUCUUUGGUGGAUAGUUUAGAUGAAGCUUUAAAAGCUUUAGGACAUCCAGCUAUGCUAAGUCAAGUCCUGGGAGGGUCCUUUGCUGAUCAGAAGAUUUGCCAGGGCUGCCCACAUAGAUAUGAGUGUGAAGAAUCUUUUACAACUCUGAAUGUAGAUAUUAGAAAUCACCAAAACCUUCUUGAUUCUUUGGAACAGUAUAUCAAAGGUGAUUUAUUGGAAGGUGCAAAUGCUUAUCGUUGUGAAAAAUGUGAUAAAAAGGUUGAUACAGUAAAACGGUUGCUAAUUAAAAAAUUGCCUCCUGUUCUUGCUAUUCAAUUGAAACGUUUUGACUAUGACUGGGAAAGAGAAUGUGCAAUUAAAUUCAAUGAUUAUUUUGAAUUUCCACGAGAGCUGGACAUGGAACCUUACACAGUACCAGGUGUUGCAAAGCUGGAAGGAGCUAAUGUAAGCCCAGAGAGUCAGUUGAUGGAACAGAAUGAACAGUCUGGAAGUGACAGAACUGGAAACACGAAAUACAGACUUGUGGGGGUGCUUGUACACAGUGGUCAAGCAAGUGGUGGACAUUAUUACUCCUACAUAAUUCAGAGGAAUGGCAAAGAUGGUGAGAGAAAUCGCUGGUAUAAAUUUGAUGAUGGAGAUGUAACAGAGUGUAAAAUGGAUGAUGAUGAAGAAAUGAAAAAUCAGUGUUUUGGUGGAGAGUACAUGGGAGAAGUAUUUGAUCAUAUGAUGAAACGCAUGUCGUACAGAAGGCAGAAAAGAUGGUGGAAUGCUUAUAUUCUGUUUUAUGAACGAAUGGACACAAUAGACCAAGAAGAUGAAAUGAUAAGAUAUAUAUCAGAGCUAACUAUCACAAAACCCCAUCAGAUUAUGUCACCAGCCAUUGAGAGAAGUGUGCGAAAACAAAAUGUGCAAUUCAUGCAUAACCGAAUGCAGUACAGUUUAGAAUAUUUUCAGUUUGUGAAAAAAUUGCUUACAUGUAAUGGUAUUUACUUAAGCCCUGCUCCAGGACAAGAUCACUUAUUGCCUGAAGCCGAAGAAAUUACUAUGAUUAGCAUUCAGCUUGCAGCUAGGUUUCUCUUCACCACUGGAUUUCACACAAAGAAAAUAGUCCGUGGCCCUGCCAGUGAUUGGUAUGAUGCAUUGUGCAUUCUACUCCGUCACAGCAAGAACGUACGUUUUUGGUUUGCUCAUAAUGUGCUUUUCAGUGUUUCAAAUCGUUUCUCUGAAUACCUUCUGGAGUGCCCUAGUGCUGAAGUGAGGGGUGUAUUUGCAAAACUUAUAGUAUUUGUUGCACAUUUUUCUUUGCAAGAUGGGCCUUGUCCUUCAUCUUUCACAUCUCCAGGACCUUCUAGUCAGGCAUGUGACAAUUUAAGUUUGAGUGAUCAUCUACUAAGAGCAGUGUUAAAUCUCCUGAGAAGGGAAGUGUCUGAACAUGGUCGUCAUUUACAGCAAUAUUUCAAUCUGUUUGUCAUGUAUGCCAAUUUAGGUAUGGCAGAAAAGACACAGCUUCUGAAAUUGAGUGUACCGGCUACCUUUAUGCUUGUGUCUUUAGAUGAAGGACCAGGUCCUCCAAUCAAAUAUCAGUAUGCUGAAUUAGGCAAGUUGUACUCAGUAGUGUCUCAACUGAUCCGGUGUUGCAAUGUCUCAUCAAGAAUGCAGUCUUCAAUCAAUGGUAAUCCCCCUCUUCCCAAUCCUUUUGGUGACCCUAAUAUAUCACAGCCUAUAAUGCCAAUUCAGCAGAAUGUGGCAGACAUUUUAUUUGUGAGAACAAGCUACGUGAAGAAAAUUAUUGAAGACUGCAGUAACUCAGAGGAAACCAUCAAAUUACUUCGUUUUUGCUGCUGGGAGAAUCCUCAGUUCUCAUCUACAGUCCUCAGUGAACUACUCUGGCAGGUUGCAUACUCAUACACCUAUGAACUUCGGCCAUAUUUGGAUCUACUUCUGCAGAUUUUACUGAUAGAGGAUUCCUGGCAGGCUCACAGAAUUCAUAAUGCACUUAAAGGAAUCCCAGAUGAUCGAGAUGGAUUGUUUGAUACUAUCCAGCGCUCUAAGAAUCACUAUCAAAAAAGAGCAUACCAGUGUAUAAAAUGUAUGGUGGCUCUCUUCAGCAGUUGUCCUGUUGCUUACCAAAUAUUACAGGGCAAUGGAGAUCUUAAAAGAAAGUGGACUUGGGCAGUAGAAUGGCUUGGAGAUGAACUUGAAAGAAGACCAUACACUGGCAAUCCACAAUACACUUAUAAUAAUUGGUCUCCUCCAGUUCAGAGCAAUGAAACAUCAAAUGGUUAUUUCUUAGAGAGAUCACAUAGUGCUAGGAUGACACUGGCAAAAGCUUGUGAACUCUGUCCAGAGGAGGAGCCAGAUGACCAAGAAGCCCCAGAUGAGCAUGAAUCAUCUCCACAAGAAGAUGCUCCAUUAUAUCCUCAUUCAUCUGGAUCUCACUAUCAACAGAAUAAUCACAUACAUGGACAGCCAUAUACAGGACCAGCAGCACAUCACUUGAACAACCAUCAGAAUACUGCCCAGCAGCAACAAGAAAACUGUGAAGACAAUGAAGAAGUAUCCUCAUCUGAAAUAAAGGAUCAGUGAAAUGUCCAU